UGCAUUGUAUAGUGUGCAAACUGGAGAAACUAAUAAGUGUUAAUACAUUAAUAUGAAUUGUCUUCUAGAGUGGGUAUGGAGCCUAAGGUGUUCUUCAGAAAGGAGAGUCCAGCAGCAGCCUCCACUAGCAGCUCCCACUCCUCAGAUGCUGCAGAGCUGCACCUCAGAGACAAAGCCCAGCAGGACCCAGGAGCACAGCUGCUCUCUCUGGACACUCACAAGGAGGAGCACCACAGUGAUGCCCCACAGAGGAGCUGUGAAUCCUGUGCUGAAGUUCCAGACUCCGGCCACUGGGUCCUAAUGAAGCCUGAAGUCUCCACAGAGAAGAGCGUCUCCACCUACAGCCUGAGCUCUCCUGCAGGGAGCUAUGAGUGCUCAGAGUCUGGUCUGCGCUGGACGUGUGCUGGUCCAGUCACCCUGCAGUACCACUUCAUGGACUGGCAUGCCUUUGCUGAAGAGCUGGCCCACAUGCAGUCCAGACCAGCUGGUAUUCUGAUGGACAUCAGGCUCAUGUCAGGAGAGCUGGAGGAGAUCCAUCUACCACAUUUCCUCUGUUUGGGGGGUUGUGAGGCGUCUGUGCAUGAUGCUGUGAGGGUCCUGCAUGGGCGGGACAGCGGAGUGUGUGUGGAGAAGUGUGAGCUGACCCGACACCAUGCCAGACUUCUCCACCCAAACCUCUCUCCUCUUGGAGUUAUCUACAACCUCCUCAAAUCCCUGCUGUCUCCCAUGAGGGUCCACUCCAAAAUGCUGGUCUACCAGAGCAGCACGAUGCCCGUUUUCCGCACCUACCUCCUGCCUGAGGAUGCCCAUCUGAAGCAGCUGGUGAAGAACGAUGAGGAGGAGUUGGGGGGCGUUUGGAGGGACAAUCCUCAUCCUGACAGCCCUCUACAGAUGGAAGACUUCUACAGCCUGAGGACUGACUGUCCCUCUGAGAUCAACCCAGAGAAGCUGAUGCUGAGAAGGAGCAAUGACACCCCCAACUUCUUUAGGGUGAAGCUUCCUGAGGCUGCUGCCUCCUUCCACAUGGAGCUGUUCAGCUCUGCAGACAGCAGGGGGCAGUGUGUGUGGAGAGCAGAGUUCCAGUCAGGUGAUGAGAGUCAGGCCAGACCACCAGCAGAGAGUCCGGCAAGGACCAGAGACGCCCAGUCUGCAGUCAGGUUCCCACAGGCAGCAGAGAGCAGGAGAGACACCAGCAGAGAGACCAGCAGAGCUGAGGGGGAGACCAACUCAGAGGCAGCAGCGUUUGUGGACAGGCACAGAGCAGAGCUCAUUGGCAGGGUGAGUAAUGUGAUGCCCAUCGCAGAUGUGCUGCUCUCCAAGGGACUGGUCCACCCUGAGAAGUAUUCAGAGAUCAAAGCAGCUCCCACCAAUGAGGCAAAGAUGCCAGAGAUCUAUGAGUGUCUGCGCUCAGCUGGAGCUGAGGGGAAAGCAGCCUUCUAUGGAGUUCUACUGCAGGAGGAGCCCCACCUGCUCAAAGACCUGAGUACACCUGUCAACAAAUGAUUGGAAAUUACAAAUGAACUCUGCCUUUGUAUCGUAAACGUGCUAAUUAGGCUACCAACCAUUAGGCUACCAACAAUGAUGUUUUUUAAUACUUCAAAAUAACAUUUGCUGAAUGAACCUUACAUUUUUCAGUAGCCAUAGGUAGAUGGCUAGAGUGUAGAUUUGAACUAAAUCUAGUUUGGUUCUUACCGGGGCUUUUACUGCCUGAAAU